GAGCUCCUGCUCGCUCUACUUGCUGCUCCCUCCCUCCCUUCGCACUCCCCGCCCCACGCCCCACGCUGCUCACCAUGUCCGUCCUCAGCCUCUUCUACGACGGCCCCGAGUACAAGGAGCGCCUUACCAAGGACUUUGUCCCCCCAAAGGCGACCCUCGCAGAGAUCCACGCCGCCGUCCCCAAGCACCUCUACAAGAAGUCCACCCUCAAGGCCUUCUACUACACCGCCCGCGACGUCGCCUGCGCGUACGUCUUCUACCGCCUCGGCCUCCAGAUCGAGCCCCUCGCACAGCGCCUCGCCGCAGACUACGCCGUGCCCUACGCCGCCGCCCAGGCGGUCAAGUGGGCCCUCUGGGCCCUGUAUUGGCACUGGCAGGGCGUCGCCCUCGCAGGAUGGUGGUGCCUCGGGCACGAAGCGGGGCACGGGUCGCUCUCGGAUUAUAGCGUCGUGAACCACGUCCUCGGCUACGGCCUGCACACCUUCCUUCUGGUCCCGUACUACUCCUGGCGCUCCACCCACCACGCGCACCACAAAGCAACCGGCUCCAUCGAGCGCGACGAGAACUACGUCCCGCGCACGCGCACGGACUACGGCCUCCCGCCCGCCGCGGUCGCCCACGUCACGGACUACCACGACCUCUUCGAGGAGACGCCGAUCUACAGCCUCGCGCGCAUGCUCGCGAUGCAGCUCCUCGGCUGGCACGCGUACCUGCUCUACAACGCGCUCGGCUCCCCGAUGUACCCCGAGGGCACGAACCACUUCUGGCCGUCCUCGCCGCUUUUCAAGCCCCAGGAGCGCGGGAGCAUCAUCGCGAGCAACGUCGGGCUGUCGGUGAUGACGAGCGUGUUGACGUAUUAUAUACGCGAGGCCGGGAUCGGGAUGUUCGUCAAGAUGUAUCUCAUCCCGUACCUCCUCGCGAACCACUGGAUCGUGAUGCUCACCUUCCUGCACCACUCGGACCCGUCCAUCCCGCACUACCGCAGCAAGGAGUGGUCCUUCCUCCGCGGCGCCGUCGCGACCAUCGACCGCCCGCUCCUCGGCUGGGCGGGCCGCUUCUUCCUCCACAACGUCUCGCACGACCACAUCGCGCACCACUUUUUCUCCUCGAUCCCGUUUUAUAAUCAGCCGUAUGUGACCGAGGCGAUCAAGGGCGUUCUCGGCGAGGACUACAACUACGACUCGACGAACACGUUCCGCGCGCUCUACCGCUCCUUCCGCGAGUGCUGCUUCAUCGAGGACGACGGCGACAUCGUCUUCUACAAGAACCAGCACGGCGAGGCGCAGCGCUUCCUCGCUGGCGAGAAGAGGCCCACUACCGACGCCGCCGACGCCGCCGUCGCCGCUGCUGAGGGCAAGGAGGUUAAGGUGGAGUGAGCGCGAGCGCGGUUGCUCGACGUGUGUACGUGUGUGCGUGUGCGUGUGCGUGUGUGCGUGUGUACGUGUGUACGUGUGUUGUGCGGAGGCGUGGAGGCGUCGCUCGUAGAGUCGUCGGGUGUUGUUGUUGUCGUCGUUGCUGUCGUCGCUGGUGUCGCUGUCGAAGAAGAAGUCCCUCAUGCUUGUCCGUUGUCUCUCUCUCCCUCUGUCUGUUUGUAACCCCCGAUCUGUAUAGAACCCGCCCCGUCCGAUCGAUACAAAGCAAUCACACGUGUUUCGUUAGAUAGACGC